CACGCCCCAAGGAGGGAGAUGUAAAUUAUAGACCACGCCCACACAUUAGUUAGUUUAUGUAGAUGUACACGUGCGUGUGUGUGUAUCACAGUGCUGCACUUACACACUCGCCGGAUCUUCAUCACGCGCACCUGAGUUCACCUGAAAACACACACACACACACACACACACACACACACCUGAUCCAGACACAGAACCAUCCACAGCACGUGUUGAGAUUGUAAGUGAUGAAGAAGAUCAGCUCAGUGUUCUCCUCUCUACAGGAUAAACUGCACAGAGACAAGGGAGAAAAGAAGGUGUUGUCCCCAUGCACAGAUGCCCCGCCCCCUCCUGACUGCAACCCCUCCCUGGGGCGGCCACCGUUCUUUGAGUACUUGGUGGUAGUGAGCGUGAGGAAGAGGACUGGCGGUGAUGAAGGCUACGAGCCUCAAAUCAUCUAUCAGUUCCCCAAAUCCUGCAGCCAAUCACAGCGCAGGGACGAGGAGACCUGCCUCAAAGCCAUCACACUUUUCUGUUUCCCAGAGGGAGUCACAUGGGCUCCACUCACCGAGUACCGCAGUGAGACGUUCUCGUUCGUCUUGACUGAAAUAGAUGGCAGUAGGAGGAACGGUUACUGCAGAAGACUACUGCCGUUAGGAAAAGGAGCACGUCCCCCAGAGGCCUAUUGCAUCAUCAGCACCCUCGCCUGCUUCAGCCUCUUCUCUAAAAUAUUUGAUGAAGUGGAGAAGAGGCGUCAGAUCUCCAUGGCGAUGAUUUAUCCAUUCAUGCAGAGUCUCAGAGAAACUGCAUUUCCUGCUCCUGGAAAAACUGUCACUAUCAAGAGCUUCAUCCCCGAGUCUGGGACAGAGUACUUGGUGGUAGUGAGCGUGAGGAAGAGGACUGGCGGUGAUGAAGGCUACGAGCCUCAAAUCAUCUAUCAGUUCCCCAAAUCCUGCAGCCAAUCACAGCGCAGGGACGAGGAGACCUGCCUCAAAGCCAUCACACUUUUCUGUUUCCCAGAGGGAGUCACAUGGGCUCCACUCACCGAGUACCGCAGUGAGACGUUCUCGUUCGUCUUGACUGAAAUAGAUGGCAGUAGGAGGAACGGUUACUGCAGAAGACUACUGCCGUUAGGAAAAGGAGCACGUCCCCCAGAGGCCUAUUGCAUCAUCAGCACCCUCGCCUGCUUCAGCCUCUUCUCUAAAAUAUUUGAUGAAGUGGAGAAGAGGCGUCAGAUCUCCAUGGCGAUGAUUUAUCCAUUCAUGCAGAGUCUCAGAGAAACUGCAUUUCCUGCUCCUGGAAAACUGUCACUAUCAAGAGCUUCAUCCCCAGUCUGGGACAGAGAUGAUCACCUGACUCGCCCGGUGGACUCGUGGUUGGAACAUGUGGAAUUCCACUCAUUGUUUCAGUGUUUAUCAGACGAAGAGGUUCUGCAGGUUUUUGCCGCUACUGUGCUGGAAAGACGAAUCGUCUUUAUUGCUGAGGAGCUCAGCACACUCUCUCAGGUGCUACAUGCUGUUGCAGCUCUGCUCUUCCCCUUCAUCUGGCAGCACACCUUCAUCUCCAUUGUCCCUAAAGUUCUGCUCGAUGUGUAUUUAGCACCGACGCCAUACCUCCUCGGCAUUCAGAAGAACCUGCUGCACCUCCUCACUGAGCACACAGAUUUACUUAUUGUCGACCUGACCAGCCAAUCAGAGUGCAAGUUCAUCAGCAGAGUUGGAGAUGAGGACAUGCUGAUCCCCAGCAGACUACAGGAGGAGCUGCUUCAGGAUCUUUGCAAACGCAAACAUAAUGCUAGUACAGAGGAGCUGAACAGUGUGGUGUCUGAAGCGUUCCUCAGCUUCUUUGUGAAGACCGUUGGACAUUUUGCCAAUCACAUCAAGCGCUCAGGAGUAAACAAGCAGCUGAGAACGUUCCAGAAGAAGAACUUUCUCAAAGCUGUGGAGCCCAAAGAGAACCGUAACUUCGUCAAGCAGUUCGUCCAGACGCAGAUGUUUGACCUGUUCAUCCAGGAGGAGGAAAAACUCCCCCAUCAUGAGGGAUUUUUUCAUAGGAAAAUUGUGGAGUUUCAGCUGAAAAAGAAGGAAAAAUCGAAGACUGGAGUAAUUAAGGGACUCGUUGUGUAAAAGUGUGUUUUUUAAACUCUUCAUUGAAGCGUGAGUGUGUGUGUGUGUGUGUGAGUG